CCCAGGUUGCCGUGGCAGCAGCGGAGGCGGUCGGCGCGCAGGCCUGCCAUGAGGGAAGGCCAGGAUGCCGCCGGAGCUCGUGGCUGGAACCGCGCCGGCUCCAUGGCCACUAAAUGGUUCACCGGGGCGCCCUUCGGGGUGCAGAGCCACAGGUUUGACAUCUCUGCUGUUUAUCCCAACCGGAAGAAGUUCAGCACCUUCACUGAGGCCCCAUACUCCAUGCGUUAUUCUACCCAAGUGUCCCACAUAGGCCCGGGGACUUACAGCUCAAAGGAGACCUGCUUCAGCAAGAAUAAGCUGAUGAAGGAGGUGGACACAGGCUGGGCCAAGGCCCAGGAAGCCACGCGGCUGACCCAGCUACCCCACUUCAAGUACCAGGCCAUCAUGAAAGAGAAGCGGCUGCAGGAGCAAAAGCUGGGGCCCGGCUCCUACAAUGUCAAAGACUUCUUAGAACAGCUGCAGGAGAAACCAUGUAGCACCCGGGGGCUGCUCAGUUCUGGGGAGGUUCGCUUCCGAGGACUCAUUGGGAACUACUAUCCAGGCCCUGGAAAUUAUGGGGAGAAGGGCAACCCAUACACCAAGCUGGAGGAGAAUGCCUGGAACAGGUCCCAUUCCGAGGGCCUCAUGUGCAGGAUGAGCAACAAGUCGGACCCUCGGCCUCAUCAGGGGAGUGGUCUGGGACCUGGCACCUACUCCUUCAAAAGUGACCUUGAGACAUACGUGGCACGAUCCGUCGGCACCCGCGGCCCCUAUGACAUUUUUUCUGGUGAUCGGAGCAAGCCACUGCCUUAUGGGCACUACUCCAUGCAGAAAAAAAAGCCCAGGGAACUGAUGAAUUUCAAGAGCUUUGUAGAAGAACUUAACUCACGUCACAAUAAGAAGCGUGGGGUUUUUUCUAAACUUCCCCGCAACCCAAAAACCCCUACAGAGAGGAUUUACUGGGCCACCCUCAGCCAGUGCCCCCGCACGCUGGCCACAUCUGGCCCCAGUUUCUGGCUUCCACAAGAGAAGAAGUGCAAAUCCGUCAACCAGCCCCCGUUCCUGUUGACCUCCAAGGGGUCAGGCGCAAAGUCCUCUCAGAUGAUUAUGGGAAGCUGGAACCCAGUAGGUGUGGGCCGCUACCUCAACACCUGGCUGAUGGAGACAAAGGACAGGCGGCAGCGAUACCGGUCCCUAUUCCUGGCUGGAUCCAAACGCUACCUCUCAGACCUGGCCCGGGACAGGCUUAUGCAGGAAAGGAUCACACCAUUUACUAAGGGGAAGUGCCCUCCAACUGUGGAUUACAAUUCAGAUCCUACUUCUUAAAGCCACAUGUGAAGGACAGCCCGCAGUGACUGGAGAGCCCAAAGGUCUGAAGACAAAUCUGGGGGUGAGAGCAUGGGUGUGGGAGUGGGGUGUCUUAGAGAAAGGACACAUGGGCCUGGGAGAAGGGAGAGAUGUAUGGGGAUCACCUUUGCUGGAGCUGCAUACCUGAAGGUCACAGUGUCUCCCAGGACAGCUGGGGACAGGUAUCUUUUGUUGCAGGAGAUCAAUUAUCCUGAGAACUCAACUCAGUCAGUGACAUGAACAUGGGGGCCAGAGAGCAGAUGGACUGAAGGGAUGGGACGUGGUUGACACUCGUGUGACCCUUUCUAUUCUAAAGCCAGAGUGCUUGGCCCCUUGUUUAUUAAAGUUCAGAAAGUGGUGGGAGAGUGUA